UGAAAAGCAAACAAGUGACUCGAUUUUAAUAUUUGAAUACGCCUGUUUUAUAUUGAUUUCUUUGAAGAGCCAUAGCCUAUACGUAGUUGCUUUUAAAGUUAGCAUUUUGAAGACCUUUAUUUCGAGGUAAGUUUGUAUCAAAUUGUGUGUAUCUUGUUACAAAACUGUUUCAAUUGCUCUAUAAUUGUUACAUAGUGUACAUUUGAUAGCUUUCAAAUAUUUACGCAAGUGAAUAGGCCUACGUUUGAUCGUUUAACAUUUCGAUUCAUGUGUAUGAUGCCAGAUUCGUGAUUGUAAUUAAAACUGCCGAGGAAUAUCCCAUAGGCUGUGCCGAACAGGACACGGAUUCGUAUAUAUCGACCCUUAUUUCUCCUACUGUUUGUAUAUUUCAAACCGGGAGUAACUGUGGUCAAACAAGGAUACGAGUUGGCAGUGACAAAUUGUCACUGCCGGGGGCAUUUCAAGGUCUAUAUAAAUAAAAUGCUGUGCUGAGUGGUUAUAUUACUACCUUAAAAAACAAGCAGAAACUCGACGUUUCGAGCGAAGGCCCUUCGUCAAGAGUUAGUGAAGGGGCGACGAAGGCUUCGCUCGAAACGUCGAGUUUCUGCUUGUUUUUUAAGGUAGUAAUAUAACCACUCGGCAUCGCAGCAUUUUCACAUUGCCAUUGGUACUACCUACCCUGGUACAGACAGUUUUACUAUAUAAAUAAAGGUUUGUUCCAACUAUGUUUUAACUUAAACGCGGUCUAGUUUAUUAAAACGCAACAAUUUAAACACAGCAUAUCAAGUUUAAAAAAAUAAAAUUGGCUUGUGUUUUAUGAUUUUUGCAUAAUGCAAUGUGUGAUUGUAACGCUCAUGUACUCUCAUCCUCGCUUGAUCCUGGCUUUAUACAAUUGUACACCAUUGGCUUGUUACGGCACCAACGUGUAAUGUCUUAUUAAUUUUGUCUGCAUCUUAUUUUGUUUUUAUUAGUUUUCAUACUUGUUAUAUUAUCGCAAUUUCAAGAGUUCACAGAUUCCUGUGUUGUGAGAAGCGAAUCCGGUAUCUAGGGGAAUACAUAAUCCCUUAAUUCUCGAACCGAAGGCGAUUAACGCCCGUAUUCUAGUGGAGGUUUAAUCCAGUGAGCUUCUCUUGAGUGUCAAUGCUGUUUUUGAAUAGCUGGAGGGUGAGUAAUCACGUAGUAAGGUAGGACACUAGCCCUCCAGCUAUUCAAAAACAGCAAUAACACUCCAGAGAAGCUCAUAUUGAACCUCCACUCAUUGAGUGUGAGUGUGAGUGAGCUUUUAGAAUACAGGCAUUAGUGUUGUUGGCAAAUUAGUACCGACACGUUGACGUCCAACAAUAUAUCGAUCUACCUUCAACUAAAAAAGACGCCUUAUACCACUACUAACAAUAAUACUAACACUUAUACUAAUUUGCCAACAACACUUUCUGACUCUCACAUCCAGAAACUCGCAUUCCAAUCAUUCCCAUGAUAUACUGUCUAUCAACAAGGAAAACAUUUUGUAAACAUUACAACAUUUAUAAAGCCCAGAAGCAUACUUAAACUGCCAUUUAUAUAGUGUUAUUGACAUUUUUAUGUUUGUAAGCGUCUGCGAUUUGUUUGCCUCGUAUACCCAGGCACGGUUCGGGUCCUCCGCGGGGUUCAGCUUAACCGCUGAACUAUAUACAACACCGAAGUGAUUGCUUAGCUCGAUUUGACUGAAAUCAUUGCUUAGCGCGAUUUUCCUUAUAAGCGCCUGGGUAUACGAGGCUAGUAUUUUGUUCAAAAAUAUAUUGUGUUCUAACGUGUGCUUUUCCAUAUUAGAAUACUGUUUUUGUUUUUCAUUUAGUUUCGAGGAACAGUUGAAGAAUGUCAGUGAACAAAAUUUUACUCGCUCUGGGAGUUGUGGUCACUAUCUCAGCUAUGGGUAGGAAAAUUGUCUAAUUUUCUUUUUCUAACGAAUUAUCAGACAAACUAUGUUUUCUUCGAAAGGGUUAGUUUGAGAAUCGUGCUUGCUUUGAUGACUGUGCCACUCAUGAAGCCUCAAUAAACAGCCAGGAAUAAAUUUAUUUUCAUUUAAAGAUGUAUUAAAAUUAUUUUGUUUUUUUACACGAAUAUACAGUUAAAAUAACUGUCUAAUGUUUUGUUUGUGUAAAGUGUUUUAAUAUUUUUUUGUUUCAAAAUGGUUAUAUGCGUAUAAGAAUUUUUCGAGAAUUUUAAUAAAUAUUUCAAUGAAAUCGAGUAAAGCUUUCUUGGCUACGAAGGAGUCAUGAGUACAUUGCAUCUUGUUGUUUUAGGGAGUGCUCUGACAUGUAAUCAGUGUCGUUACACAUCAAAACACCUAAAAGCACAACAAAUGUGCGCCGGAAAUUCAACAGUCAACUGUACCACAGGGCACUGUUACACAACGAAAUAUACCCUUGCUGACGGCACAGUAACUGUUGAAAGAGACUGCGCCAACAGCGAUCCUAACAAUAAGGAUUGUCCCGAUGCUGAAGAAACAUGUGAACGCAGAACCAAAGCAUUUGCUUUGAAAUCCUGUGUUGCUGCGUGCUGUCAGACCGAUAAUUGCAACAAUUAUACCCCCAGCAGUGCAAGUGGUGUCGUGGCGACCAAGUUCAUUCUCUGUUUGAUGGUGAUCGCUGGUUUUCUUUUCGCUUGAU